AGACUAACACCAUUUUGAUCAAGGCUGUGAUUGUGAUUGUAACACCUAUUCCAAACACCUACACUUAGCCAUUGUCAUUGUCGCUUAGUCGAUUUGUGAACAAAAAUGAACGGUCUGUAUGUUACGGUGUCGAUACCUCUUCUUCUUGUGUUAGCUGGAUUCAAUCACGCACAUGGACUCACUACGUUCGGAAAAUCAAACAACCAAGGCACGCAAAAUACACCCAACACUGCACACGCCAAGCAAUGCACCAACCAGACCAAUUGCGCCUUCAUCAAGGGAACGACUUGUCUUAGGGGAUACUGUCUUUGCGGGGACAACACCAACCCUGUGAACGGCGGAUGUAACGCUCAAUAUAAAGGUCCGAGACACAUUUGCGAGAACCAUGAGGAUUGCGUAGAAGGAGCGGACUGCGUACCCAAGGACAAAAACAAACAGCAAAGUAGUAAUAGUAUUAGUACCGGAAGCUCCAGUACUACGCCCGCCGGAGACUUAAUCUGCCAAUGUCAGGAAGGACUCAUCGAAAUCGGAAGUCAAUGCGGCGGGGGCGGAACAUUCAGCACGGUUCCUGCGAUGGUACUUCUGGUAGUUGUAUAUUUCUCAAGAACCAUGUACUGAAGUAGAUAGACGACGUCCGGGGAAGCAGUGCUUGUGCACCAAAAUAAUUAAAAUAAAAACAUAAAAAACAUGGCACCAAAUAACAUAUUUAAACAAAUCUAUUGCAUGUAGUUACAAAGUAUAUAUCACUGUUGCUUAUAUUUGUUGAGUUUAAAUGUUAUAAUAUAAAGAUACUUUAAAUAAUGGAGAAUAUGUGUCAAAAUUGACUUAUUUGUUACAAAAAAGUGUUGAAUUUAUGUAAAAAAUAGUACUAUGCACCUCAUCAUAAUACAAGGUAAAUAUUUUAAAGCACAUUAAAGCAAAUGAGAAAAUCAUGUGUGUGAUUUCAACCUGUGAAAUGUUCACCUUGUAUGCUGCAUAUUAGUCGUAGGUCAUUAGUAGAGAAAAUUUUGGUGCAUCAAGACGGUACAGGUACAAGUAAUUAGUGGUGUUUAUAUUUUUGUAUUUUUUUCACGAAUGUCCACAUAUUAAUCAGUUUGAAUUGAAUUAUUUAAGUGAGCACAUCAUAAAUAGUAGGCACCCUUCUUGCAGUCCAGUGGUUACAUGAACCGAAUAUUCGCUAUGCAAUUUAAUGUGCUUUUUUAGGGUGGUGACUCACCUGUGUUCUUAGGGGAUGGCUACAUCUUGGGCUUGGGCUUAAGUUACGUUCAUUGAUACGAAGGGAAUUAGGUUGCAUAUCUAGUAAAUAACUCUGUUAACCACUGUAUCAUUAAAGAGUUUAUCCAAAUUACAAUAUAAAUAAUCCUUUAUUGUAAUUUUAUAUGUCUUACAUAUAAUGCAUAAUUUAUAAAUAAAGAAAUAAAACAA